AUGGUCGGAUGCUUAAGGUAUCUUACACAUACUAGGCCAGAUAUCUGUUUUUCUGUGGGAUAUGUUAGUCGGUUUAUACAAGAACCAACUCAAACUCAUUAUCAAGUUUUGAAGAAAAUAAUGAGGUACAUAAAAGGGACUAGCAAUUUUGGAGUGUUUUAUCCAAAAGGAGGUAUGAACAAAUUAUGUGGGUUUAGUGAUAGUAGUCAUUCUGUCGACAUUGAUGAUGGAAAGAGUACAACCGGAGUAGUUUUCUACUUUGGAAAUGCCCCCAUAACUUGGAACUCACAAAAACAAAAUACGGUGGCUCUAUCAUCAUGUCAAGCAGAGUUUAUGGUCACUACCUCAGCAGCUUGUCAAGCAUUAUGGCUAAGGGGACUAGUUGCUGAGAUAACAGGUGAAAAAGAGGAAACAAUCAUCCUACGGGUGGACAAUCAGUCGGCUAUUGCACUUAUGAAGAAUCUGGUCUUUCACGGGAGAAGCAAACAUAUACACACUCGCUACCACUUUAUACGUGAGUGUGUUGAAAGAGAACAAGUUUAA